CGAAGAUGGUCAAGAAGACCAGCUGCAGUCUGCAAUUCGCGCUAUUUUUGCCCCGGAUCGUAUUGCAAACGGUGAUGAGCUGAGAAACGUCAUGGUGAAACUGUGCGCGGAUCAUGUGCAAGCGUUCAUCCACGACACGGGCAAGAAGAUGGCUCUCGUGUACGAGUCAAUGGAAGAGUUUCCAGAGUUUAGAGCAGAACUGUUUGAAGAGAUGGGAUCUCGUUGGAGGGUUUGAGAAAGUGUUCAUCCGCUGUUGUGCUGCAAGCGAUCGUUUGGCCCCUGAGAAUCACAACUUCACCUUCACCAGGCUGCUUAUACUUGGCGAGCUUCUCAUUUCACUAGGCGCAGUUCAGAUUGCUACGUUCGCGUUUGUUUCGCGUUCAUGUUUGGUCAGCAUUUGCAACCCAUCGGCGAAGAAGAGCCUGCUCCCACAUGCCUCCUACAGUACACUUUGCGCUGUAGCUCGCCACAAUGGACCAAAGAGGAAGUAAGCGCGUCUACAGCAACGCUUUUCAGCAUUCCAACGAUCAAUAUCGUAAAGCACUGCGUAGUGUCGCUGUAUCCUCUGCUACUUCUCGAUCUUCUUACAUACCUGCAGUCUUGUUUGGCACCGACAAAGAAAACAGUACUCCGUUUCUUCACGCCGAAGCAGAUGCGGAGAUUUUGCACAGUUCCCAGAAUAUACGACUACCGCUGGGCCCUUACUUCCUCGAACGUCAGCCAUGCCUUCCUCGUAUCUCAGAGGUAUUGGAGGAAAGUGGACGAGGCAUAACCCUUCGGGAACCAGGGCAGCUUCAAAUGGACUCAUCUCCUCUUGACUUCCACUUGGACCUCGACUCCAGCUCUCCUCUUGAUGACAUUGUGGGCUUUGGUGCUUACACUGGACCAUCUAUCUUCGAAGAUUCAAACACGGCAUUCGUCCGCGCUGGCCAGGAUGGCGGAUGUACUUCGACUGCUCUGCACUUUCAGGACCUCUCACUUUACGACACUCCAGAAACAAUAGUCCCGGAUCAUAUCGAGUGGUCAAUUGCUACAGCUCGUACAAGCAUUUCCACAGUCGCAUCACGAUCUCUACAGUACCCAUUCCCCACCCUCCACCCCAACGACAUUCUCAUCAUCUUUGAAAAAGGUCACAAGGUCAUGAAACUCAGCAAAUACCUUGUCAUGUUCUCAUCCCGCUUCUUCGCCUCCAUACUCACCGGUACCUACACCCCUGGCUACACGCGCUGUCUCCGCCUGCGGAACGACUUCCCUCCCGCUAUUACCACCAUGAUCCAUUUCCUGGAACAGGGCAUGUAUGCACUCGAUCCUGUGACGCGCAUCCAGUACCCCAACUUGACGCUCUUUGAUCUACAUGUCCACGCUUACGUCGUGGGUGCCAAGUACGAUGUGCGCAGGCUGUGCGAUUAUGCUAUUGACCAAUACGUCGAUAUCGCAUGCAGGGUUCUGGACACGAGCGGUGUGUAUGUCAACCAGACCACUGGCAUUGUUUCUCCGACUGUGAAUUCCUUUCUCGAUUCUCUAGUACUUACCUGGCGGAAUACACUGUCUAGCGAGGAUGCGUUGCGUCAGGCGGCGCUAGAGCUGGUCAAGGCAAAGAUACAUCAGCUUCUUCGGGUCAGGUUCUUCCAGACGCUGCUGUGGGAAUUGGUGGAAUUUGGGGAUGAUGUUGUGGCUAGUUUGCAGGAGGAUGGGUUCGAUGUCAAGAUAUUGCCUAUGGUGGCUGGAUGGCAAGACAAGGCAGGUGUUAGUUUUGGUCGUGCAUGAGCGUGUAGAUCGGGUGGUGGUCUGUCUGCUCAGGGUGGUUAAUAUUACGAAUGUUUGUUAGGCGUUGUUCAAAGUACUCAUGGACGAUGGGGAUCGCAUGGUAGUCUGUCUUUAUGUAGCCGUUUCAUAGCCUAUGAGGACAAUUAUGGAUGGAAAC